AUGAAAAGAAGGAAUGCCGAUUGCGGCAAACUUCGACGGCCGCUGAAACGUAGUAAAAUAACGGAGGGUAUCUAUGGAAGUGCAUUUCUAUACCUGAAGUUUCUCAUGGUCUGGGCACUCGUACUGAUGGCUGAUUUUAUACUUGAGUUCCGCUUCGAGUACCUUUGGCCGUUCUGGUUACUAAUGCGCAGUGUAUACGACUCUUUCAAAUACCAAGGCCUGGCAUUUUCUGUGUUCUUCGUAUGUAUCGCGGUGACUUCAGAUGUGAUCUGCUACUUAUUUGUUCCAGUACAGUGGCUGUUCUUUGCAGCUAGCACUUAUGUGUGGGUGCAAUAUGUCUGGCAUACAGAUCGUGGUAUCUGUCUUCCCACAGUAUCUCUUUGGCUGCUAUUUGUCUACAUAGAGGCAUCUGUUCGUCUCCGUGACCUCCGGCCAACACCGCUGAGUUUCCAGCUAAACCUUUGCAGGCCAUUUGCGGCACACUGCAUUGGCUAUCCAGUUGUCACACUAGGCUUUGGUUUUAAAAGUUAUAUUUCUUAUAAAAUGAGACUCAGAAAACAAAAAGAUGUCCAGCGAGACAAUGAUUUUUACUACAUGGUUCUACAACAAGCCUUGCCUCCAGAGCUACAGCAGUUAAACACAGAAAAACAAAAGGCAGUCACUAACACAGAAGAAAUAGCAUUAACUCCAAAAGAUAAAGAGGAGGAAAUCUCAUCAAAUGGCGUCCAGGUUGCGUCAGCUCCAGUCAAAAACAGUAAAUCCAACAGUAAGGCGGACAACACACCCUCCACUACAUCUCCAGACAAAGCAGACAAAGAUAUUAAACACAAGCAUACUAACAACAUUGAAGAUUAUGAAUACAUAGAGAAGACAUUGUCUAGGAAACAGAAUAACGUCAAUGAAAAUGAUGAGACAUUAGACCAGGACUCACAUCAACACAACAGUAAUAAGGCUUUCAAAUCGAGCAGUGCAAAAACAUCAAAAUUGAACAGUAGUCGAGAAUCACGGAAAGAUAAGGGUAAAAGUAACACGGCAAAGGAAAGUAACACUAGUUCUUCUACAACUACUACCAACAAUCUUGCUGCUUCUAAAGACGACAACAUUUCCAAAUUGGAGUCAGAAAUCAAGCGUGUGAAACUAGACCUCCAAGCCAGUCGCAGCAUAGAACAGGACCUCAGAUCUCAGAUUAACAGUCUGUCUCUCCAAGACAAGGCACAUAAGUCAGAACUCCAUCAGCUCAGACAGGACAAUGAAAGCUUACAGACAAAAUUACACAACCUUGUGACAAGCAGGCAACACGACAAACUGACACUGGCAGACUUGAACAGGAAGCUAACAGAUGAACGUAAAGCAAAGGCGACUAUAGAAGCACAAUUGGCACAGGAACGCAAGGCUAAAAAACAGGAAGAGGCAGCUGCCGCUAGGGCAGUUGCCAUGGCAGCAGCUCAGAGGGGUGAAUGUACAAUGAACUGCAGACUGAGACGCAAAGAAUUGGAAAAUGAUGUCAACAGAAUGAAACUAAACACUACAAGCAAAGAUGAACAUAUUCACAGAUUAGAACGUGACGUCCAGUCUCUGGUUCAGUAUAAAGAAGCUCAAAAUGAAACAGAUGUGCUGAUGUCAGCCUUGUCAGCCAUGCAAGACAAGAACACACAUUUGGAGAACAGCCUCAGUGCGGAGACACGACUGAAACUAGACCUAUUCUCAGCCCUUGGUGAAGCAAAGAGACAGAUAGAGAUCCAACAAGACGUUAUAAUGACAAAGGAGCUUGAAUUAGCGGAUUGCAAAGGAAAAGUCGCUGAGGUGAUGGCUUUGAUGCCAACCGGGGCGUACCCCUCCACAUGCUCUAACCAGAUGCCGCUCAGUUACACUGCCAAGUUUACAACAGUUAACAGUAACAUGAAUGGCAUACAUGAGUCUCCGAUGGGCCAGGGCUCCAACCUUAACCCCAAUGCUACAGAUUACACCCCUAAGUCGAAUUAGACUUAAACUCACCCAAGCUGAUCUUAGAGACACAUCACUAUAUUGGACUUGCCUUAUAGGGGUGUUUAGUGGGUGUAAGUCGUAUCUGCAUUUAACAUGAUUACGGAAUGAUGGUGAAGUAAUAUUAUUGUAUUUUGAUGUCGAUUGAACAUUUCCAGCUUUCCAUUGUACUGACAGUGGCGUCUUUCAUUUGAUAUAUAACACUGGGAAAAUUAUGAUUUGAUAUCUUAUUUUCACCUUAUUUAUCUAUUGCUUAUUUGUUGUAUAGCAUCAUAGUUCAUGCUAAAUCUAAAUGGCUGAGUUUGUUUCAUGUUUAUUUGAAAUCAAGAAAUGUGAAGUCAAAACAUAAAUGGUUUCCAUUUUUCCUAAUGGGAUAUUUAUACAGAUAUAUUACCUAACUAUUUUUGAUACAUUUUAUUUUCAAUAUUUACCCACCACACGCAGAGCUAAUAGUUAAAUACAUUAAUUAGGCUCAUAGGCUGUAUUUUGAAUUCCAUGAAUGAGCAGCCCCAUUAUUUUACCAAAUAUUGUAAAAAGGGUAAUUUUGGCAGCUAAGUAGUUUUGGCUUAGAUAUAUUAGUAACUUUGUUUAUAACAAUAGUUCAGAAGUUUGAAGUUCAAAAUUAUAGACAGAAAAGCAAAACGACUAUUUCUAAAACUAAAAUAUUGAAAGGCACUAAAAGUGUAAAAUUACUUAAGUGUCAAAAUUACCUGUUUUUACAUUACCUUUAGAAAUAACCUUAGAAAUCAAUAAAGAAUAUAUGGCAUGCAUCUUAAUACGCAGAUUUGCACUAUUUAUUAUUUAUCGUGUAAGCAGAAUAGUGAUUCUUUAGAGGUAAUAUUUCCUACAAAAGAGUAAGUCCUCUUUAUAUGGACUUGUUUCUUUAUAUGGACUUGUCUCUAUA